AUGAGGCGUGCCGCAUCUUUUCUGGCGUUGCUGCUCUGUCUGUACUGGACGGGGGCUCAGGGUGAGAGUGGAGGGCUGACAGGGAAUGACAUCACUCAGACGGAGGUUCAGUCUGAGAUCCUGGGUGUCAAAUCAACCAGUGAUCAGACCAAUAUCAGCCCUGACAUCUGGGCUGAGCUGAAGGAGCUGAGAGACAUGGCCAUCGAACACAGUGUGGAGCUGAGGAACAGCAAGAGCAAGAUGGAGAAGCUGGAGCAGGAGAAUACAGCCAUGCAGACCAGACUGACAGCCAGUGAAAAUGAGGUGGAGGAGCUCCAGAGAGAGAACACAGCCAGUGAAAAUGAGGUCAAGGAGCUCAAGAACGAGGUGAUGAAGCUGAAGAUAGAGAAUGCAGUUUUGAAGGCCAGAAUGAAAACCAGUGAAGAUGUGAUGGAGAAGCUCAAGAUGGAGAACACGGAUCUUCAAUCCAGAGUAACAGCGAGUGAAGAUAAGAGCAAAGUGUUGGAGGCCAGAAUGAACGCCAGUGAAACCGAGGUGGAGGAGCUCAAGAGACAGAUUGCAGACCAACCAAAGGUGGCGUUCUCACUUGGUCUCACUGACAGCGGACUAAUUGGACCCUUCGAUACUGACAUCACACUUAAGUUCAGUAAAGUCUUCACCAACUUUGGUCAGGUCUACAGUCCAAUUACAGGUCACUUCACAGCCCCAGUCAGAGGAGCCUACUACUUCUCAUUCAAUGCAGCGGAUAACCGGAGUAACGUAUGGAGCGCUGUUAAUCUCUAUCACAAUGACAAGAGAGUGUUGUGGAAUGAUGAUUACAAUUAUGGAACUGGUGAUAACAGACUUUCUAAUUCACUGGUUCUUCAGCUGGAAAAGGGGGAUGUGGUCUACCUGGUUUUACCUGAUGGCUGUAGUGUAUACGAUAAUACUUAUGAUCAUACUAACUUCAAUGGAUUUCUGCUUUUUCCACUGUGAGACUCAAACAUGAGAAUUGA